GUCAAGUCAAGUCUGGCAGACGGGAGUGAGGUGAAUUAUUUACUCUGUGUUCAUUGUUAGAUCUACUCUCACUGAGCAUUAGCGAUAUGAAAGUGUUGGUGAUUAGCGUUGCAGCGGCGUGCAUCUUGGCCGUUGCGAAGGGCGGAUCGGCAGGCAGUCUUGAGGACUUGGACCUGCCGCUGAAAGAUAAAAUAUGGUACGAGAACAACAACAACGCCAAACGGCCGGAAGCGAGCGGCUCGUAUCCCGCAGGGGACACCUACAACUGGGACCGGAAGCCGGCACUCGAGCCUCUGCUGACGGCGGAGCUGGAGAGAGAGAGCUUGGAAUACGCUAGGGAGAUAUUAAAGAAGCUCUCAGAACUGCUGGAGAAAAUCAAGGAGCUUGCCCUCGGUCUGCCGCCUGGCAGUGCGGCCUACAUGCACCAAAACAAUUUCAAGAAGUCCCACCCUUUUUCAGCCAAUGUGUCCAAGCAAAGCUAUUUCUUCAACGCAGCGACAGCUUAUCUCGCCCAAAAGUUGAAUCUUGACCCCGAGUACGUGACAUUCGACCUCACGUUCCAAAGCAACCUUAUCAAAACGGACGAGUUCUGCGAUAAGGACAUGAUAAGGGAGGAACCUACGGACUGCAAGGCCUUCAAGCACUACAGGUCCAUCGACGGAACCUGCAACAACCUGGCCUUCCCCACUUGGGGCUCCACCUUCACGUCCCUCCGGCGGGUCACCCCUCCCUUCUACAGCGACGGAGUGAAGGCGUUCCGCCUGGCCAAGAACGGCGAGGAGCUUCCGAGCGCUCGUCUGGUGAGCUCCAGCGUCAACCUCAAGCGGAACGUCGAGUCGCCCUCGAUCUCUGUCCUCUACAUGACCUUCGGGCAGUUCCUCGACCACGACCUCGACUUCUCACCCUUGCACAAAAACGCUGACGGGAAGGACAUCCCAUGCUGCCCCGACAUGCUACAGGGAGAUGACUCGGUGAAGCAUCCCGAGUGCGCGCCUAUAGCCAUCCCCGCCAACGACCCCUUCUAUGCGCAGUUCAACCAGACGUGCAUGGAGUUCGUGCGGUCGGUGGGGGACUCCAGCUGUGUUUGGGGUCCUCGGGAGCAGCUCAACGAGAAGACAUCCUACCUGGACGGCUCUGCUGUCUACGGCUUCGAGCAGACCUUGGUCGAUUCCUUGAGAGAGUUCAAGGACGGACUCCUCAAGUUCCAGGUCACGAAGGAGGGCGAGGAGCUCGUCCCCGCGAACACAGACAUGACCAACGCGUGCAACAAGCAGGAGAAAGCAGAUAUUGGCCAGUUCUGCUUCAGAGCAGGAGACAGGAGGAUCAACGAACAGCCCUUGCUUGUACUCCUCCACGUGGUGUGGUCGCGGUACCACAACUACCUGGCGAAGGGGCUGAAGGGGCUGAAUCCACACUGGGACGACGAGAAGCUGUUUCAGGAGGCGCGGCGGAUCCUGUCGGCGCUGCUGCAGCAUGUCACGUACAACGAAUACGUGUCGGUCAUUUUCGGAAAAAAACUCUCCAACAAGUUCAACUUCUUGCCUCUGAAAGGAAAAGCGAGAACGAACAUUUAUGACGAGACUCUCAGCGCCGCCAUAAGUGAUGUCUUUGCCGGAGCAGCUUUCCGGUUCGGACACAGCCAGAUCUCGGGCAGCAUGGAGCGCAUGGACAAGACGGGAGACGUGACCUGCACCGAGAUGUCCUCUGUGUUCAUGAACCCCUUCGUCGUGUACACCAAGGGCGCCGUGACGGAGCUGAUAAGGGGCGAAGUGGCUCAGAACGCGGCUGAGGUCGACCCUUUCUUCACCCCGCAGGUGACGGGGAAGCUGUUCCGUGGGGACAUGCCCUUCGGGAUGGACCUGGCGGCCAUCAACAUCCAGCGCGGGCGGGACCAUGGCCUGGCGCCCUACAACCGCGUGCGGAUGGCCUGCGGCUUUCCUCUCAUCACCAAAUUCAAGCAACUCAUCCGCGUGAUGGACAAGGGCGCCGUGAAGAGUCUUAAGAAAGUUUACAAACACGUAGACGACAUCGACCUGUUCGUCGGCGGGCUGGCGGAAACCCCAAUUAAGGGAGGCCUCGUCGGACCGACGUUUGCCUGCGUCCUCGCCGACCAGUUCCUCAGGCUCAAGAUCGGGGACAGGUACUGGUACGAGACGAAUGACCCCGACACGCGGUUCGAGACAGCGCAGCUCAAGGCAAUUCGCAAAACGACCUUGGCCAGUAUCAUGUGCAGCGUCAUUCCCGAACUGAAGGAGAUACAGCUGUGGCCCUUCAGGUUGGCGUCCAGGAGAAACCCGAUGGUGCCCUGCUCCUCCUUCAAGAAAAUGAAUCUGAAACCUUGGAAGGAAUGAAAGAUCUUCGUUGGAAUUUACACUGCCUUUUAGACCACGAACAUGCACAUUUUUCAAUUCCAUUUCGGUUUGCACUGCUCUCUAUCCAUCUAUAUCUGUCUGUUUGUCUGCCUCUGUUUCUCCAUCAAUCAAUCAAUCCAUCUGUCUAUCUCUCAUGUGUGAAGUUACAUAAAUACAAUUUGUAGAAUUUCCUA